AUGUCGAGCAGUUUAAAGUUUAGCGCAACAUGCAGCAAUCAAACUGCAUCGGAAUGGUCGAAUUCAACGGGCGGGGAUGAUGACAACGAUAACGACAACGAUGACAAUAUAGAUGACGAUGACGACGACGAUGAUGGUCAAGACGUUGACGAUGACGAUGUCUCGAAUGCGGACAAUAUUGAGCAGAUGCCAGUUAUAGUUGUUGCAUCCACUACGCGACGUCGUCGCGAUAGAGAGUACAUCACCUAG